GCGAGACACAUUACAGUCGUCGGUCGCUGCAUCUUCAACCCAUCAACACAAACCUUUUCUCCCCAAGUCACCCCGCAAACUCCGAGUUUAUGUCAGGCGCAACCGAGAUCCAGAAUCUCAAAAGCCGCGACCCCUUCGCCGAAGCCGACGAGGACUCGGGACAGACUACUCAAACCCAGGAGUAUAUCCAUAUUCGCAUUCAGCAGCGUAAUGGACGCAAGACCUUGACUACGGUGCAAGGUAUACCGGCGAAGUUCGAUCACAAGAAGAUCCUCAAGGUCAUCAAGAAGGAGUUCGCCUGCAAUGGCACCAUCAUCAGUGACACCGAGUCCAAGGGUAUGGGCGAGGUGAUCCAGCUCCAAGGCGACCACCGCAUCAAGAUCCGGGAUUUCCUCGUCGACAACGAGUCUGGCCUCGGCCUCGACGAGAAGACCAUCAAGAUCCACGGCUUCUAAGCCGGACAUGUCGGUCGCGCC